AAGGGACUGUAUAAAACCAGGCUCUGCUUGCCAGCAAGACACCUUCUCUUGUGUUGGGAGCACAGAGAGCCUUUCCAUCAUGAGCUUCACUGGAAAGUACGAACUCCAGUCCCAGGAAAACUUUGAGGCCUUUAUGAAAGCCCUCGGGCUUCCUGAUGACCAGAUCCAGAAGGGCAAGGACUUGAAGAGCACCACAGAAAUUGUGCAGAAUGGGAAAAAGUUCAAGGUCACUGUGACCACUGGCUCCAAAGUGCUGACAAACGAGUUCACCAUCGGGGAGGAGUGUGAGAUUGAGAUGCUGACAGGAGAGAAAGCAAAGGGUCUUGUGCAGAUGGAGGGUAACAACAAACUGAUCGCAAACGUGAAAGGGCUGAAAUCCAUCACCGAGCUCAAUGGAGACACCAUCACCCAUACAAUGAUGAUGGGUGACCUCACCUGCAAGAGAAUCAGCAAGAGAGUCUAGAAACCUUGCACAUACCAAUCAUUUUACUGUGUAAAAUGCAUCCAUUAUAAUAAAAUUUUUAUGAAAGCCUU